AUGACGACGGAUCAUUCGGAUUACGUUUUCGUUUUUACGGCAGCCGACGCAGGGAGCGCUAACCAAGGCACCUCAUGGUAUCAAAAUUUCUUUCGACCGAAUGGCACUGUUCACGGUAGCAAUUACAUGGCAACCGCGGAUUCAACCAAUGUUCGUUCCCUUUCAAAUAAUUAUGACGUUCGACAAGCAACUUCCAACGCCGCACCACCGCCAAGUUAUGAAGAAGCCAUCGCCGAUUCCGUAAAUCCCUCUACAUUCACGAUAACACCGGUGGCCCAGUCUGUGAAUGUGAGGCCGCCUGAACAAAUUCUAGUUAUUCCAAAUGAUGCGUCAAGAGGCGAAGGGAUGCAAAACGACUAUAGCGGAACGGAAACGGAUAGGUCAAAGUUGCUUUCGAACGAUGAAGUAAAUCGUGAUGAGGGUGGUACCUCAUACAGUAGAGAAGCACCAUUUCAGGUGCCCAGUGGUUAUGAAACUUCGUCUCCGCCAGAAUACACAAUGUCGGACGCAAAUUUUCACGUUUCAGAUAGGGGAGUUACCUCCUCCGAUCCAAAAUUAAAUAAUGAAGCAGAAUCUUUAUAUCGAUUUUUCAUUGCACAUAACAACAAACCUCAAAUGGCCGUAUCAAUUCAUGGUUACCAUAGCGAAUGGCAAGAUGAAACUUACACUUACGUAGAUCAGAAUGGAGAUACUAAAUUUGCAACUAGAUCAAAACAUGUGGAAGUUACGGACUUCAAAUAUACUUGUGAUUUAACUGAUUACAUUUUUCCCAAUGGGGAAGUGCAUAUAAUAGAUAAAGAGAAUUGUAAAAUGAAUAUCAUGGAUUUGUUAAAGGAAUAUGUAGAAAAUAGAAAUAUCUUGAAGGAGAUUGAAAUGCGAAAGGUGGUGCUUUGGGAUUAUGAAUCGCUAACAAAGGCGAUUUCGUCAGCAAUUCGAAGACAAG